AUGCGACCUUUUGAAAUUGAAGAUCAUCAUAAGGAUGGACCAUCCAAAAACAUCAUCUCGUCUACUAAAAACGCUAGUUUAUCAGGCAGAGUGUCAUAUCCCAAGGACAAAGAAAUAUUAAGAUACAUGGAUCCAUAUCUUACGACAUAUAUGAAAGACCAUAGGGUUUGGGAACCUGAAGAACUAAAGGAAAUAUCUCAAAAGAAUAUACCGACAUACUGGAAUUCAACAGACUACUUGAAGUCAAACGUGUUUGGUUUAGACUCCAAACCAAUAAUAAAAGAAGGCAUUGAAAACGAAAAACAACCUAUGAUUGACACACUGAAGUUUAAUUGUCCGACAGAAAGCACUAGAGUACAACCGAUUUCCCAUCAUGUAGCACAUACGUAA